UUUAUAUUUUAUAGUAAAAUAAAUGAUUAAAUUUUUUUUAGAAUAUAUAUCACGAUACAAUUCUUAAAGAUAUUCAUAAAUCUGAUAUAUACAAAAAAAUGAACAUUAAAAUUAAAAGAAAUCUUCAUUUCGGAAAUAACCUUUUCUAAAUCAUAUUUAAGCCAAAUUCCACUAGGUAAAUAGAAUCGAUUAUCAAAGCUAUCGCUCAUUACGAAUCAAAUGGUCCUCGCGUUGGUGUUAUGAAUUAACCCCCAUACUUAAUAUUAUUCAUUGGUCGAUAAUGGAAAAUGGCCUUUGCACAUUAUAUAGUAUACGAUGAUUAAAAUUAAAAGUUAUUAUAGGCAUGCAAUUAUGUGGAAAUUGAUUCGAGACUUGUGUUUCGUUAUAACGAUGUCCCUGUUAGGAGUCGUACUCAACGCUUUCAUCGUUUGCGUCCUAAUGUACCGUAAAAAUUUGAGAACCGUCAUAAAUUUAUACUUGACCAGCCUGUGCUUCGCGAACCUGGCCCUAGCUCUGUGUUCUCUCAUCCAAAUUUCUCUCGAGAAUUUCGGGAAUCAUCGAUUCGAUUUGUUGUCGCUGAGCGAAAACCAGCCCUUCUGGACCAACGACUUCCGCAAUGGCUCCACAUUAUCGCGCCUCCAAUGGGUUAGAGAUAAGGAGGUAGUCGUGGUCAUCGACUCCGCGUUGGUCGGUAAAAUUGCGGAGGGGCGAUCUAAAAAUGCUUAUCAUAGCGAUGAUAAUGGGAGGAAUAUCAAUAAAUUAGGCGGGAGUAUUUUUGCCGCUGUCUAUCCCAACGAUUCCUUGUUCAAUAGGACAUCCUAUGCUGAAGAAAGUAAUCGCUCUGAAGAUGUUUCCCAUCCUCACGCAUCGAAGCGUAGCGAUGAUUUAUACCAAAACUUGAACCUCGCAUCGGAUCUGGAGAAGGGAUUGCUAGAAACCUGGGUCUGCAAAUGGUUGCUCUAUUUGAUAAUUAGUCUGGUCUUCGCCUCCAACCUGGCUAUGGUCCCUUUGAGCGUAGAAAGGUACAUAGCGGUAGUUUACCCAUUCGUUAGCUUUCGAAACAGUUGCAAAAGACGGGCCCUGAAGAUAAUAACUGUAUUCCUAGCGAUCCCAUUCCUCCUAUCUAUACCCUAUCUCUUGAAGGCAAAAUCCACUCGGAUCAUUGAAUAUCACGAUGAUAAUGAUGUGUUACCGACAAUAAAGCAGGAUUGUAGAAUGGUGAUGACUGGCAAAAUGUAUUACGACAUAGUAAUUUACACUCUCAUAUUCGGUGGACCGUUACUCAUAAAAACGUUUACCGGGUUCGGUAUUAUAAGGGUACUGGAUGACAGACGCAAGCAAAUAUUAUCGCUAGAAGUGGCGGAAAAUAUUAUGGAUAGAAAGAAGAAAAUGAGGGGCAAGAUUUCCUUUAAACGUGAAGGGGCAUCUUCUUAUUACAAAAAGAAGGAUGUUAAUAGUGACAAUAGUCUGGAAGGAGCAAUAGGCCUCAAAUCAAUGGGGAAUGAUACGGAAAAUGUGCUCAAAGAUUGUAAUCACGUGAAUACGAAUGACAAGGACACUAAUUCUCAAGAAACGAUGGGUUCCUAUGACCGAAACCCAGACAAAUCAGACAUCCUUAAAAAAUCAUCGAAGUCACAAGUUUAUGGCAAGUUCUAUGAAAUGACUAAAAUUCCGAUGGGCAAUGGUAAUGAUAGAAAUUUUGCCAGUAGCUUGGAAUCGCGAAGAAAUCGCGCGUACGAUAAAGCGCCCUCGAUCGAAAGCGACGCCACCGCUAACGAGACAGGUAAGAAUCGGAUAAAAAGGCGUCACAACAAAUUUUUCGGUUUUCGUUAUUCUUCGUCCUCGUCUUCUUCGUCUUGCCGAUCUAAAAAUUCCUUUUCAUCCACGAUAUCUAGUAGGAUAUCUUGUAGUAGUUCUUCGAACGGUAACAAAUUUUCGACUACGAAUAAUCACGUGUUUAAUAUAAGCCCGCCAUCCCCGGUCUACGAAACGAACCCUUCAACCCCGAUCCACGUAAAGAAUAUUCAACAUGGCAAAGGAUCUCGGUUAACCCUUUUCAAAGUGCUCGACAUCUUCAAGCCCCAAAGUAGUGAUAGUGCCAUUAAGAGUAGUAGUCUGAGUAAAGUCGUAUUGCCUUUAGAGGGUUGUGCAAAGAAUCCCAAUUCGGUCGAUAUCAUAAUAUCCUUUCCUCCCCAAUUAGCCAAAAAAAAUUAUGCAGCGAGGGAAGAAUCUGCAAUUCUCCCGCUCAGUGGCAGUGACAGUCCUCUCAUUGCAAGUCAUGUCGACAAGGAAUUUCAACCGGAGGAGCUAUUAUCGAAACACCUUUCCCGAAGUUUGAACCCAAAUAAUUAUAUUCAUGGCAGGUCAACGAAGAAGAAUUCAAUGACGGCUAGUAAUAACAAUAAUAGGGACAUUUCCCCUGAGAAAACCAGGAAGAGGAAAGCUCAGCUGGAUAAACAUUAUCUGUAUGUAAAAACUAAGGUGAACAAAAGGCACAAUAAAGGUGAUAGGUCCCCGUCACUUCUGCCAUUAUUGCACAGAAAUUCGAUGAGUUUGUUGACGGAUGAAGAUAAUUUACCCAUCAAUCAAAGUGUCAAUGAGACAGAAAGCGACGCCUUUUCGGAUCUAACACAAUUAUCGGGCAUUUCUACAUCCCCAACGCCAGAAAUUAAUUCGAAUAAAAAUUUUAAAUAUUCGAAUAAUAAAAAGAUUGCAAUACUUAGUCCUAAGGCCAACAAUACUUCAGAUCAUCUAAACUUACAACCAGUGACUGUAAGAGAGGAUGACCGAAUAAUCUGUCGAUACAAUUUAGCUGUAAGCGUUUCCCCGGAUAAAGAAGACUACUCCAAUAUGGAGCUGGAAUCCACUAUAAACGAUAUAUCUGCAUUACGCAGGAGUCAUGGAUUGAACAAAAGUUUGAGGAUGAAAAAACAUCACGCUAAAAACACGAAUUACAAAACAUUACUAGCUAUAAUAUCUGUCCACAUAUUAACUUCGGUCCCAUAUUGCGUUGCUAACAUUCUUUUCCUAUACAAGGCCAUAUUUUCUGACUCUUAUUCAUCUGUUUCGUACCCUUCCUACGAAUCCUGUCAUAAUUUGUUCAACACUUCUGUCGUGUCGCCUGUUAAUGCGAGAGGUUGUUUCGAAACUUACCUCGAUAAAAGUUACCAGUUCUAUUUCAAGGAUGUCAUUAACGGCGAUACUUAUGACUAUAAAAAUGAUGACCCCAAACUUGAAGCAGCAGAGAGUCAUACGCAAAACUCGAAAUAUUUAUAUUCUUCAGAAUCUACCGUCUUAGAUUCUCUGAUCCGGAUAAAUGCUUUGAUAGAUCCCCUGGUCAUAUUAAUCACUCGCAAAAGCAUAAAAAGAGCCUUGCGACAAACUCUUCAUUAUAUAUGGUCUCGCUUACUUUCGAUCUCCACCUUGCUAACUUGGCCCAGAGCUAAUAAAUUCAGGACCAGUGCUAAAUGUAGCCUUAAAGAGUCUACUGCCAUAGAGCUCGGUACUAAUAUUCAUAAUCCUUUUUCGACAUUAAUCGAUUUAGUUUACAAACGGCGAGAUGAGUCCCUACACAUACGCCCGAAGCCGUUACACGAUAACCGUCUUGGACGCCUUAAUUACAGAUCCACAAUUACCAACUACUCCAUAAUUAAUGGUAGUCUUAGUAGCAGUAACGAUAGCAAUAAAAAUGGUCACUACUUGCUGAAGCAAGAUGCCAAAAAUCGAUUCGUGCUUUGAUAAAAAUCUUUGAAUUUCCUGAAGAAAUUCUACAAUUUCUACUGUUUUUAGAACCCACAUAUAAAUUUUAUCCUUUCAAAUUAAAACGAAGUAAUUAUAAAAAUUUGUGAUACUAUUAUCAAUUAUGUGACAAACAAACAAAAAAUAUACUACAUUUUAAUUCUAAUAUUAAUAUA